AAUGUUCAAAGUUAUUGUUGUCUUAUUUUUAAUCACAACAUUAUAGGGUUCGAAUAUUAGAAGGCACCAUAAUAUUAUGAAAAACUAAGAAGGGUCAUAAUAAGUUCUAGCGGAAAAUAAACAUCAUAUUAAGAAGUCAAAUGAAUAAUAGAAGACAUUAUUAAGUGAUUAGGAAAGUCAUGAAGAAGAUUAAGUUGAUUUUUCAGCAAAAGAAAGUUUACUUGAAAAAGAUAGCUAUAAUUAAUCAAAAUAAAAUAACUAAGAAAAACAAGAUAAAGUAGAUAGAUAGGGUGUUAAAUUAAUUGAAGAAACUCAUACUAAAGGAAGCAAGAAUAAAGCAAGAAAAGAUAUUAAUGUUGCAAAAUAAAGUAUAUUAUCAUUAAUAAUAUAGAAAAUAAUAAAAACUAAAAUUUAUUAGAAGAAAAUGUAGUUGCUGAUGGAAGAGCAAGAUCAAAUGAAGAAUGGAUGUAAAAGAUUGCUAAUGAUGUUUCCACUAUUAAAAUGAACAUCAAAUCAUAAUUAGAAGCUGAUCAUAUAGCCUUUGUUGAAGAAAAUGUAGUUGCUGAUGGUAGAGCAAGAUCAAAUGAAGAAUGGAUGUAAAAGAUAGCUAAUGAUGUUACAACUAUUAAAAUGAACAUCAAAUCUUAAUUAGAAGCUGAUCAUAUAGCCUUUGUUGAAGAAAAUGUAGUUGCUGAUGGUAGAGCAAGAUCAAAUGAAGAAUGGAUGUAAAAGAUUGCCAAUGAUGUUUCAACUAUCAAAUAAAACAUCAAAUCUUAAUUAGAUGCUGAUCAUAUUGCCUUUGUUGAAGAAAAUGUAGUUGCUGAUGGAAGAGCAAGAUCAAAUGAAGAAUGGAUGUAAAAGAUAGCUAAUGAUGUUACAACUAUUAAAAUGAACAUCAAAUCUUAAUUAGAAGCUGAUCAUAUAGCCUUUGUUGAAGAAAAUGUAGUUGCUGAUGGUAGAGCAAGAUCAAAUGAAGAAUGGAUGUAAAAGAUUGCCAAUGAUGUUUCAACUAUCAAAUAAAACAUCAAAUCUUAAUUAGAUGCUGAUCAUAUUGCCUUUGUUGAAGAAAAUGUAGUUGCUGAUGGAAGAGCAAGAUCAAAUGAAGAAUGGAUGUAAAAGAUAGCUAAUGAUGUUACAACUAUUAAAAUGAACAUCAAAUCUUAAUUAGAAGCUGAUCAUAUAGCCUUUGUUGAAGAAAAUGUAGUUGCUGAUGGUAGAGCAAGAUCAAAUGAAGAAUGGAUGUAAAAGAUUGCCAAUGAUGUUUCAACUAUCAAAUAAAACAUCAAAUCUUAAUUAGAUGCUGAUCAUAUUGCCUUUGUUGAAGAAAAUGUAGUUGCUGAUGGAAGAGCAAGAUCAAAUGAAGAAUGGAUGUAAAAGAUAGCUAAUGAUGUUACAACUAUUAAAAUGAACAUCAAAUCUUAAUUAGAAGCUGAUCAUAUAGCCUUUGUUGAAGAAAAUGUAGUUGCUGAUGGUAGAGCAAGAUCAAAUGAAGAAUGGAUGUAAAAGAUUGCCAAUGAUGUUUCAACUAUCAAAUAAAACAUCAAAUCUUAAUUAGAUGCUGAUCAUAUUGCCUUUGUUGAAGAAAAUGUAGUUGCUGAUGGAAGAGCAAGAUCAAAUGAAGAAUGGAUGUAAAAGAUAGCUAAUGAUGUUACAACUAUUAAAAUGAACAUCAAAUCUUAAUUAGAAGCUGAUCAUAUAGCCUUUGUUGAAGAAAAUGUAGUUGCUGAUGGUAGAGCAAGAUCAAAUGAAGAAUGGAUGUAAAAGAUUGCCAAUGAUGUUUCAACUAUCAAAUAAAACAUCAAAUCUUAAUUAGAUGCUGAUCAUAUUGCCUUUGUUGAAGAAAAUGUAGUUGCUGAUGGAAGAGCAAGAUCAAAUGAAGAAUGGAUGUAAAAGAUAGCUAAUGAUGUUACAACUAUUAAAAUGAACAUCAAAUCUUAAUUAGAAGCUGAUCAUAUUGCCUUUGUUGAAGAAAAUGUAGUUGCUGAUGGAAGAGCAAGAUCAAAUGAAGAAUGGAUGUAAAAGAUUGCUAAUGAUGUUUCAACUAUAAAAAUGAACAUAAAAAAUUAACUAAAUGGUACUCAAUUUGUACAAUAAAACCAUAUUGAUAGUGCAUUAGUUGAUGAAUAACAACCUUAAUCCUAAGAUUAUUGGUCCUAAAAGCUUAAAGAAGAUAUUAUUAAAAUUAAAUAAGAUGAUUCUAAUAAAAAAUUGGAAUGAU